AAUGCAAAGAAUAGAAAUGAUAAAAAUAAUCAUUUUUGCUAUUUUAACGCAAAAUUCUUUGUGCUUAUUUGACAAUAUCUGCAACAUAACAAGAAAUGAUCGUGUACAAGUCGGUGAUGCUUCUGAAGAUUUAUCAUCAUGUACUGCUGGAAAUUUAUGCUACGAACCUGGAUACGGAUGUUUCCUUAGUCGUUUGGAAAAACCUGGCUAUAGAUUUCAAAUGAACAAAAAUUGCUACAGCAACGAUAUUAAUGUAUAUUCUGACAAACAGCCAACUGAUUGCACACAAUUAUGUUCAAGUCGUAAUAGCUGUGUAGCAGUUGCAUUAGAUGCGACUAAUCGUUGUUACCUCAAGUCCAAAUGCGAACCAAUAUCAUCAGAAACUAAUGUAUAUUUAUAUAUACGUUUAGUAGAUAAUAGAUUGACGUGUUUUUUGGGAGGAAUAGCCAACACACAGUCAGUUUCGCGUGGCAUAGAAGAGAAAGAAACUGCCAAUAGAGAAAGUGGAACUUUCCAAGUGAACAUCACUGGUGAAAAUUUAUUAUGUCGAAAUGAGAAUGAAGGAAUUGGAAAUAAAGGAAUUUUUGUAUAUAUGCCAUUAGAAAAUCAAGUGAAUGGUGAUUUCAAUGGAAAUUUUCAGAGUUGUCGAUUAAUAAAUCAGAAUAGUACAGUUUGUCAUUAUAAUUGCAAUUGUCAGUUGAAUACUUGUCAAGCAGUCUAUGUUAAUCUAUACGAUGAAUUAGAAGUAUUAAAGGUUUGUGAAAUUAGUUAUCUUUAAAAAUUGACAAUGAAGGGAUCUGCCUGAAAUCAUUAAAGCUCUAGUCUAAAGUCACGUGACCUAAAAUUAUGCAUUGUUUCCUACUUUGAAAUUUUGCCUAUAAAAUGAAGUGAUACAGUGUAGCCUAUUAGAGCGUUGACCUAUUCAAUUUUAACUUAUUCAUGCAUUUAAUAUGAUCAAUGAACAGGUGUGUUUAUUUAUUUGUUUUUUAUUGACAAAAUGUAAAUAUAGCGUAACUUCUAUAAACUGAUUAGGCCUAUUAGAAAUGAUAUUUAAUUACAAAUUACAUGAUUACCUUAAAUACAAG